AUGGCUCUCUCUCUUACUUCCGGCCUCGUCCAGGCCUAUGGUGGACUGAACGGUUACUGGGGACAACUCGGAGAAGAGGCUCUGAAGAGCUACUGUGACAACGGUCCCGAGUAUGUGACACUGUCUUUCGUUAACCAAGCCCCGGAGAACACAAAAUCUGGUUACCCCGGUACCAACUUCGCCGGACACUGCUGGGCUGGAACAUAUAAGAACAAGAACAACGUCGGAGGAGACCUCCUGAGCGAGUGCUGGUCUAUCAAAGAGGGCAUCCCUUACUGCCAGGACCGUGGUGUCAAGGUUCUCCUUAGCAUCGGUGGUGUCUAUAACGAGGACGGUGGUGACUAUAAGGUGACGACUGACCAGAAGGGCGUCGACUUUGCCGAUUUCCUCUGGAGUGCCUUUGGUCCUUAUGACAAGAACUGGGAUGGCCCCCGUCCCUUUGAUGCCAACGAUGGAAGCACUCGACCUGCCAUUGACGGUUUCGACUUUGACAUCGAGCAUAACCUGCCAAACGGUCCUUACAUCGCCAUGAUCAAUGAGCUCCGUAGACUCAAGAGCGACAUCAUCAUCACUGGUGCUCCCCAGUGCCCUACUUCCGACACGUACUUUUACAUGAAGCAGAUGAUCAACGAGGCCCAGUUUGAUGCCCUUUUCAUCCAAUUCUACAACAACGGCUACUGCGAUGCUAUUGAGGACCCUGACGUGUCUUGGGACCGGAUGAACUAUGACGAGUGGGUGGACAUCGUUGACGGUAGCCAAGCUAGCAAGUCAGCCAAGAUCUACGUUGGACUGCCCGCCAGCAAGGAUGCUGCCGGCAGUGGAUACCUUGAGCCUGACGCGCUCAAGGAACUCGUCUGCAAGCUGAAGGACAAGCCUCACUUUGCCGGUCUCUCUCUGUGGGAUCUCACCCGUGGUGCUUCCAACGAGAUCGGCGGAAAGUCCUACAACCAGCAUGCCAUCGAUGCCCUUGAGUACGGAUGCGACCCCAUCCCUACCACUACCACGAGCGCGAUUUCGUCGACCACCGAGACCUCCUCGACCGAGUCCACGACUACUAGCGAUGCCUCUACUACCACAUCUGACGUCUCCACCACCACAUCUGAUGCUUCUACCACCACUUCGGAUGCCUCUACUACUUCUGAUGCCUCAACCUCCGAGACCGCUACCUCGUCUGAGACCACCACUUUUGAUGCCUCGACUACUGCUACUUCCACUGAUGCCACCUCCACUGAGGCCUCCACCUCCGAUGCUUCCUCGACUACUGAGACCGCCACCGGAACUACCACCGAUGCCAGCACUGAUGCCUCCAGCUCCGUGACUGAGACCUCCACCGAUGCCACGGACUCCUCAACUGCCACCACUGAUGCUUCCACCACUGGCACUGAUGUCUCCAGCACUGAGACAUCUGCUGCUACUGGCUCUGCCACCACUGACUCUGCUACCGGCACCACCGAGACAUCAACUGGCACCGACGCCUCCGUCACUGGAACUUCGUCUGCUGCCACUGAGUCUUCUGCUACUACUGAUGCCUCCACUGCUUCCACCGACAGCACUGAGGUCAACACGGCCACCACGGCAUCUGCUUCUGAGGCCACUGACUCGACCUCCCUGGCUGAGACCGAGACCGAGAGCGUUCCUACCACGCUGCCAAACACCUUGACCACCACAGACGACACCACGGCUUCUACUACGGAUGAUGCUACCCUGACCACUGACACUGCCUCUGAGAGCGUCCCUACAUCUCUCCCAGUGACUUUCAGCACUUUCCAUGGCUGGAACACGACUUGGACCACUGGAGCCACGCAGACAUACGGAAACCCCACUCGAUCCUCGACCCUGAUUCCCGGCCAGACCACCACCAAGUGCUCGACCGAAGGCCAGGCCUCUGUCACCAGCUCUGCAACUGUCAGCAUGACCACCAGCACUGUCUGCACCACCAAGGUCUACACCGUUACCAAGUGUCCCCCUGAGGUUGUUAACUGCCCCGCCGGUGGCUAUGUUACCACUGAGACCAUCCCUCUGUACACGACUGUCUGCCCAGUUACCGCCAAGGCCACUUCCACUCAGUACGCUGUGCCCCCUGAGUAUGAGACCAAGACUGUCUACACCACGAGCGUCCACACCGUUACCAAGUGCCCUCCUGAGGUUGUCAACUGCCCAGUUGGCUCUGUCACUACCGAGACUAUCCCCGUAUACACCACUGUCUGCCCUGUGACCGAGAAGCCCCAGCCUGUCCCGACCAAGGUUCCCGGCCAUAGCGAGACUAAGACCCUUUACACGGCCAAGAUUUACACUCCUACUGAAUGUCCCGCUGGUGAUAACGACUGCGUUGUUGGAAAGCCCACUACUGAGGUUGCCUCGUGGACCACCGCUAUUGUUCCUCCCAAGGAGACCAAGCCCGUCCAGGUCUACCACCCUGAGGUCCCUGAGGAGGAGGAGCAGGAGGUGACAACCGUCAAGGCCUCUUACACGGUCUACACCAACGUUGUUGUCCCGCCUGCCACCCUCGAGACUACCAUCAAGCCUGUGGUCACCGAAAGGCCCUCGGGCGUCGCUGCUCCUACUGGUGGCUGCAGCGGCCCAGGCUGCCCUCAGCCUACCGCAGUCCACACCCCGACACCCAAGAACCCCGACUAUGCUCCCAUCACACCCGCGACGGCCGGAGCCUCUUCCCUCGUCGCUGGCCUCACCGCCGUGGUGGGUGCCGUCCUUCUCCAGGUGUUUGUGCUGUAA